CAGCGCGGGGCGGGUGCAGCGCGGAGCGGGGCCGCCGGGGGUUGCGCCUCUGCGGCCGCGGCGCGUGCGGGCCGCCAUGCCGAAUAAAAACAAGAAAGAGAAAGAACCUGCAAAAUCAGUCAAGAGUGGAAAAAGUGUCAAAGAUGGACAAGAUAACCAAGAACAUGAGGUGUCAAACAAAAAAUCAAACAGCACUCCCCCCCCAGCACAACUAUCUAAAAUCAAAGUACCAGCACCACAGACAGUACUGAAGAAAGAAAAGCGGCAGAGUUCUUCAAGGUUUAAUGUUAGCAAUAACAGAGAGCUCCAAAAACUGCCAGCUUUAAAAGAUGUUCCUCCUGCUGAUCAAGAAAAGCUUUUUAUCCAGAAGUUACGACAAUGUUGUGUACUUUUUGACUUCGUUUCUGAUCCACUAAGUGACCUAAAGUGGAAGGAAGUGAAACGAGCAGCUUUAAGUGAAAUGGUAGAAUAUAUCACACACAAUCGCAAUGUGAUUACAGAACCUAUUUACCCUGAAGUAGUACAUAUGUUUGCAGUUAAUAUGUUUCGAACAUUACCACCAUCUUCCAAUCCAACGGGAGCAGAAUUUGAUCCAGAGGAAGAUGAACCAACCUUAGAAGCUGCGUGGCCUCAUCUACAGCUUGUUUAUGAAUUUUUCUUAAGAUUUUUAGAAUCUCCAGAUUUUCAACCUAAUAUAGCUAAGAAAUAUAUUGAUCAGAAGUUUGUAUUACAGCUUUUAGAGCUCUUUGACAGUGAAGAUCCUCGUGAAAGAGAUUUUCUUAAAACAACCCUUCACAGAAUAUAUGGGAAAUUCUUGGGCCUAAGAGCUUACAUCCGGAAACAAAUUAAUAAUAUAUUUUAUAGGUUUAUUUAUGAAACAGAACAUCACAAUGGCAUAGCAGAAUUACUGGAAAUACUGGGAAGCAUAAUUAAUGGAUUUGCCUUACCACUAAAAGAAGAGCACAAAAUAUUCCUAUUAAAGGUUUUGUUACCAUUGCACAAAGUGAAAUCACUCAGUGUCUACCAUCCACAGCUGGCCUACUGUGUAGUUCAAUUUUUGGAAAAGGACAGCACACUUACAGAACCAGUUGUAAUGGCACUGCUGAAAUACUGGCCAAAGACUCACAGUCCAAAAGAAGUCAUGUUUUUAAAUGAACUAGAAGAAAUUUUAGAUGUCAUUGAACCAUCUGAAUUUGUAAAAGUUAUGGAGCCUCUUUUCAGACAGCUAGCCAAAUGUGUGUCCAGUCCACACUUUCAGGUGGCAGAGCGAGCGUUGUACUACUGGAAUAAUGAAUAUAUCAUGAGUUUAAUUAGCGAUAACGCAGCAAAGAUUUUACCCAUCAUGUUUCCGUCCUUGUACCGGAAUUCAAAGACACAUUGGAACAAGACAAUACAUGGCUUGAUAUACAAUGCUCUGAAACUCUUCAUGGAGAUGAACCAAAAACUGUUCGAUGACUGCACACAGCAAUUUAAAGCAGAAAAACUGAAAGAGAAGCUAAAACUGAAGGAACGGGAAGAAGCAUGGGUUAAAAUAGAAAAUCUAGCCAAAUCAAAUCCCCAGUACCCAACAUACAGUGACACGGGUUCGCUGAACAGUCCUGUUGCAAUGGAAACAGAUGGGCCUUUAAUUGAAGAUUUGCAGAUGCUGAAAAAGACAGUGAAAGAAGAGGCUUGUCAGGCACAGAAAGAUCAGAAAAAAGAUCGUCCUCUCGUGCGACGCAAGUCAGAACUGCCUCAGGAUAUCUAUACCAUGAAAGCCUUGGAAUCACACUGCAGAGCUGAUGAAUUGAUAUCACAUGAUGGGCAUUAAACUAUUACAGUGAAAUAUUAUUUUGGAGGAAAAGGGGUUUUUUUCCUGGACUCAGUUCUACAGUAGAACUUACUUUUUCGUGCCAUACCAAUCAGUUACACACAAAGUCAAAGCUUUCUUCAACCCAGUUCUGUAGGCAAUAACUUAAUAGAGUACGCAGCUCAAGAUUAGUAGUUCAAACAAUGGUAAAUUACCCAGUUCCACGUGCAGAAUAUUGGGUUGACUCUAAUCAAAUGGACACAAUUUCCUGAAGGUGUUGUCGUAGUACCAGCUAGCUGGUAACGUGCAGUUUUUUUAGUCCUAUUUGAGAGAAGUGUUCCAGAACCUCUUUCCAUCUAAAGAAGUGAAUGACCAGUGGUUGGUACUAAUGAUAAAUGUGUGUUUUCAGAAGUGAAAUUAUUUCAAAUUUAAGUAUUCAACUUUUUUCUAGGGUUUCUCAACUUUACAGCUGUUUCCACAUGAUUGCUGUCCUUUAAUAUACCAGCAGUUGUGAAGAUACAGUUAUUUUUCGUGUUACAAACCGUGACUUACAAACUGGUAACUUCCACGACAAUCCUCAAUCAUCAUUCCUUUCCAAGAAUCCCGUAAAUUUAGUUCUCCUUUACUUAGGAUAAAGAUAUAUAUCUAUACAUACAUCAUGUCCUAAUACUUUAUGUGUAUUUAAAGCCAUAUUUUCCAGUCUUUAGUGUCUAACACAGCACCAGUAUUCGGGGUAUGAACUGGUGGAAUAAUUUUCCUUUAAAAAAAAAUUUGUUUACUAUGACUGGAAAUAGACUGAAAAUAAAACUUCAUUUUAAUUUGUUUUCAA